ACCUACACCGUCUUUGGUGGCAAAAAUUCGCCCUGAUUGCGCACACCUGUCCGUCAGUAAGGGCGCCGGAAGUGAUGUUUGGCCGAAGACUCUGCAGUCUCCUCCGGACUGUUCUUAAAUAAACGCACUUUAUUUAUUAUGGCGCCGCCGCGUUUUAAAUAUGGUGCCCUAUCCAGAUCCUUUAUGGUUCUCGCGGUCAUCAGCCUGUCAUUUACAUCAUGCUACAACUUUGAGAACGAGUCUGUUGAACCCGACGUCUCCCUUCACCAUGGGAAUAUCCUGAGUCCUUUGCUGAAGGCUUUGUCAGAGCAGAACCCAUGGGGAGAAUUCACACCUCGAGCCAAACCCGACUCCAGAUAUGUGCGUUACAUGAAGAGACUGUACAAACUAUCAUCCAAACCGGACAGGAGUCACGAGGCCUCUCACCUGUACAACACUGCGCGUCUGAUCACGCCACGGGAGGAGUGUCUCGAGCAGAGCCGAGAAUUCUUCAUGCAGGAUAUUUCGUACAGUCUGAAUCGAGUGAGGACUCAGGAGCAGUUACUGAAGUCGGUCCUGCUGUACUCUUUCGACCACAACCACAUCACCCCGUUCACAUCGCUCUGCUAUCUCGAUGUAAGGGAACAGAAACCCUCGAAGGAACAGAUAUGUUCUCAUCAUCUCAGCACCCAGCAGUCGGUCCCCCUCCUCAGCUUCCGCGUCCACACCGAGAGACGGGUCCGUCGCCGCUGGGUGGAGGUCGACGUGACCUCCUUCCUCCGUCCUCUCAUUCAGGCUCAUAAGAAGGACAUCCAUCUGCUGAUCAACUUGACCUGCGUUGAAGAUAUGAUCCCAGGACCUGGAGGCCAGUUUCAUAAGAGCCCGGUUGAGCUAACUCACAGAUCUCCGUCCCUUCUUUUGUACCUCAACGACACCAGCGAGGUCGCGUACCAGAGAAGAGCCACGCGAGGUAGGGUGGUGGAUCUGACGUCAAACCACUGGGAAGGAAAGUCCACGUUGUGGGAGUCAACUUCACGAAAGCGACGAGGAACCCUAAAGGGCACCAAUUCCCCUCACGCGAGUAUGGAAACCAGCAUGCCCAAACUCGUCCCCAUGUAUGACUUUCCGACAGAUGACUGCGACCUGUAUGAUUUCAGAGUGAGCUUCAGUCAGCUCAAACUGGACCACUGGAUCAUAGCGCCUCACAAAUACAAUCCGAGGUACUGUAAGGGAUUUUGUCCGAGGGCUGUGGGAUAUAUCUAUGGGUCACCCAUGCACACCAUGGUUCAAAACAUCAUUUACGAGAAGCUAGACUCCUCUGUGCCCAGACCUUCAUGUGUUCCUUCAGAAUACAACCCCUUAAGUGUUUUGACCAUUGAGAACGACGGAUCCAUUGCCUAUAAGGAGUACGAGGAGAUGAUUGCGACCAAAUGCACUUGCCGAUAAGAUUUUCUUUUUUUUUUGUGAUGCAUUGCUUUGUAAAACACCAUCCUAUUUUUUUUUUUUUUUUUUUUUUUUUUUGCACUGGCCAUUCUUAUUUUGAAGAUGAUUAUGAAAUGACCACAUGUAUAGGAUAAUUUGCAGAUUUCUUUUUGUUUUGUUGUUUAACAUUGAUUCAAUAAUGCUUUGUUUUCUUAGACACUGUAUAAUAGUUAUAAUAUGGGGGUAUUUAAUUGGCUUAAAGGAUCAUUUUCUUCUUUGAUGACCAGUUGUGUUGUUUUAAGUUUUUUUUCUUUAGGUUGGUGAUCUUGUCUUGCACUUUCUAUUCCAUAAACAUGGCAAAAAUUUUAAUACUUCUAGUUCUGGACAGAAUAUGAAAAGUGUAGUUCUAUUGUCUUAUCAGAACACUUUUACAUUGUUGUUUUAAAACCUGGGAAUUGCAGACGGUUGUUUCAUGGGCAACCUCGCUCUUCUUGACGUCCAGAAAAUAAGUUGCCUUAAUUGUGGGCAACUUGAUAUGUGUUUAUUAACUGCUUUAAAGAAAGUAAUAGAUGAGAAUGUGUCACAUGCCUAUUUAUAUUAUUUAUGUCUGUGUAAUUUGGUCGAGCUGGCUUUGGUUUCACAAAAAAAAAAAAAGGGGGGAAAAAUCCCAUAUGAAAAUGAAAAUAUAAAAAUAAAAUAAAAAAUCAGCAA